UUUGUUUCCAUUUAAACUGUUUACAUGCAUUCCAACGUCACGUAUAAUCCUAAAAGAGAAUUAUGCAUAAGAAAAACCCGGCACUUGGACAUUAAUUAUGCACUUUCCCGACAGGUGGUAGGUUGUCAAAGGCCAGAACAAUGGACGACGACAGCAAGAAACAAACAAACAGCCAGAGAACAAUUGGACAGAACUAAGGGGUAAAUAACUCCCGUGGUGGUACAAAGGAAAUAAAUGAUGUUUAAAUUCAACGGGUCUAAUCAAAUAGAAACCUAAUCUAAGAAGACAUUGAAAGUGUUUUGUAUAAUCCCUAUACCUCAAUAUGUCUUCAUAUAUCAUUACGCAAAACUGCGAGUCCUGUUGGACGAGGCGCGUCAGACAGACAGCAAGUCUUAUGUGCAAUGACUGCCGAAUACCCUUAUGUGAUAACUGCUCAGAAAAACACAAAGGACAGUUUAAUCAUCGCGAUUUCUCAAGUUUAUUAAAGCAGAAGGAAGCGGAGAAAGAGGAGGAAAGUGAUUAUUACGAGGACAGCGACGAAGAAGGUUCGAACAAGAGCGACAAGGACGUCAUCAAAAUGUCCAAGCUUCUGCUGAAGGAAAUUUCGGUGAAACUUCCGGAUGAGAAAGAUUGUAAAGUGACUGGGUUGUCUGCUUUCCAGAACGACGUCAGCACGUUAGUGGCAGACGUGGAAAACAGAGUGUUGAAACUGUUUGACAAUAACUUAGAGCUGAAAUGGACAGUUCCGGUGACUCGUGAUUGUAUUGGGGUCACAGUGGUAUCGGAGAAAUCCUUCGCCACAAUAGCCGGGAAGAAGCUUCAAUACUGGGGCAUUGAGAGUGAUGAAGAGGGAACCGUUAUUCCGAAGAAGGAAGAAGAAGUGGAAAUUAGCCACACGGGUUUCGCUGUACAUUCUAAUGGCAAAUACAUAGGAGUUCUAAUGAGUUCUGACCACCAGGUUCAGAUUUUUCACCUUUCCUGUGAUGAGAUGCAAUCUAUAGACUUACAUACAAUUACAAACAGACCCAUCACCCCGGGUUUUACUCUGCUUCUAGACUCGGAUUUAGACCGUUUCUACAUUUCAGACCGGGAUUACGUGAAUGGCACUAAGCUUCUAAGUGUGUCCUUCACGGGGGAGCUGGUGUGGGAGUGCCGGGUUCCCGCCUCAGUCGGGGGAAUAGCUGAGCUCGACAACCUUCUGUUCGUGGUCAGUAUAGGUUAUGCCAAGAUUCACAGAAUCACAAAGGACGGGAUGGACGUGGGAUCCCUGAUAUCUGACGAGGGCAAACUUCCGUUCCAUAUCUGUACUCAACCAUUGGAGAAGACGUUAAUUGUGUCCCAUAACUUUACUGGAAAGGAUAGAAAUAUUAUAAGAGUGUAUAAUUUGGAAGAGAUUCUUUAUGACCACGAAGAAUUUGAAAAAGACGACGAUGAAAUAGAACUACCUUAAUAAUGUAUUUUUAAGAAUUUAACCUUCAGUUUUUAUUUAAAUCAGUAUGGUGCACAGGCAUUGUGGGUUAUAAUGGUGCUUUAUUUGAAGACGAAAAGUGAAAAAUGAAUAGGUUUACCAAAGUUCAAGAGGAUGGCUUAUUCUGUAUUUAUACUUAUGAAUGAUUGGUUGUUAGUUUCAAUAACUAUUUAUCCUUGGAAUAAAUCCGGUAUUUAAAUUUCAUUUUCUUAAGGAGUGUUAAAUCAAUUUGGACGAAGACCAAUUUCAGCAGUGUAAUUCUGUCUGAAAGCAUUAUUGAAAUUGAUGCCCCUUAGUGAUUUUGAAAACGCAACGGAAAUACAUUUACUAGAAAUAUAUAGUAUUCAGAUUAACAAAAAUGUUAAAAAAGAAUAUUGAAAUUGAAAUCCCAGUACAUAUCUUGUAUUACAUGGUAUAUAUUUUGGUAUCAAAAGAGUUGUUUUUUCAUCAGAUACAAAAAAGUAAUUUUUUCAACAGGCACAGAA